AUGGCUGCAGGCGUGGACACAACGACCCUCACACUUGUGUGGAGCUGCUACGCACUUGCCACUAAGAGACUGGAAAUACGGUCCACAGAGACCUUUACCGAGUCCCACCUCGAGGUGGUGCACCGUCUGGCCAGCGUGGUCCCCAUGGCUCUGCCCCACUAUGCUCGCUUCGACAGCCAUGUUGGCGGCUACCUCAUCCCUAAGGGUAGCGUUGUCUUCUUUAACCUCUUCGCUGUUCACCAGUCACAACUGAGAAGUUUGACACAGAUCAACAAUAAUGGCUGCCCAUGUGUGACAAAUAACAGUGUAAAACACAGGAUGUACCUAUGCGAAUCAGCUAUGCCAUUCUCUGUCGAUAGAUCUGAUACUAAGGGAAAUGAAGUAGCUGAGGCAAACAACGAUGACCUCUCUUCUUUGCAAGAUUCAGGGGCGAAGUUGGAUGCAACUCAUGUAACAAUACAGCUUCCCGAAAGUAUGCAAGGGAACUCAAUUAGUCAACAAAAGAUGCAGGAAUUAAUUGUACACCUUUCCCAAUCUGGCCAACUUAAAGACGAUGGCAAAAUCAUCAUAGAGGUUAAAGGUAGUCAAGAAAAAGGCAAGGAAAGGCCGUCAGAAGGAGGUUCUGAUGAGACCUCUGAUCAACAAUCAGUAUGUUCUUUGAAGGCACCGCAACAGCAGACUCAUUCUAUCAAGUAUGUGACUGUUCAGCAGGCAUCGGGCACUAGUGUACCUAGUAAUUUGCAAAAAACCACCUUUAUCAAAACAGCGAACGGACCAAUUCAAACCAAAAGUGAUGUCCAUAACCAAUCCGUCUCCGCACAAGGCCAAACCGAACAUAAGAGUUCGGGAACCCCAGCAACCUAUCACAUUUUGACAUCAAGUAAUGGUCAGCAUUUGCAGCAGUCGGGCCAGACACAGCAGCCUGCCUAUAUUCUCAUACCGGCGACUCAGCAGACGCAGCAAAUUAGUGUUGCUCCUUUAAAUUCUUCCUCUGUUGCAUCCCCUACUUCAGCUCCAAUUCGUGUUGUCAAUCAGGGCGGCCAGCAUAUCAUACUGCAGCACGCGAACAAUCCAUCGGCAACUUCCACACCGAUCAGUAGUUUCUCCUUGAAAACAGCCAGCAUGCUAAAGGACGGUGAGCGUAGCGUGGUUGUGCUGCAGCAGCAACAUCAAAAUCCAGCUCCUAUUGUGCCCGUGCGUCCUUUCGUUCAGCAGCACAACAAUCGCCUUCCGCCGGCACCACCCGCAAUUGCAGCUGCCGCCACCUCUGCCACUUUCUCUACCAACACUUCAACAUCAUCCGUUCGGGUGUCACGGGGUAGUAGCCUUGGUUCCUCGGGGAAGGAGUCUUCGUGGCAGCAAUACGUUAAGCAAUUUGAGAAGUUAGGCCCUUGCCCAAUUUGCGGGGACAAGAUAUCGGGUUAUCAUUACGGUAUCUUUUGCUGCGAGUCAUGCAAGGGUUUCUUCAAGCGCACCGUGCAGAACUCGAAACGUUAUGCCUGUCACAUGGCUACACCGACCUCCCUUUGUGAUAUUACGGCCACCUCGCGCAAGAAAUGCCCUGCCUGCCGCUUCGUCAAGUGCCUUGAGAAAGGGAUGCGGAUGGAAGCAAUUCGCUCGGACAGAACUCGUGGCGGUCGCAGUAUGUAUCCGGGGUCGCGCUAUCUGCGCCAGCUAGCUGCGCGUGCCUCCGGAGGAGGCGAGGUGAAAUGUGAAUUGAAAGGAACCUCUGCAGGUGGAGUCUCGACUCUCCCCGCUAUUGCACCUCUUCCUAACGCCGCCGUUGUUAGUACCACCUCAAGUGUUGCGAACGAGCCGUUCUCGAAAAUUGAUGGCGUGCACAUAAUGUCCCUUGGUGUCAGUAGCGGCGUGGCCUACGAAAUACCCGCCUCUGAGGAUGUUGGUGGUGGGGUUUACUUAGACCCGGCAGUGUUGGAGGAUACUGGAGGCAGCGGUCCGGCCUCGUCCUCUACCUUCCACGAUGAAUCAGUCUAUAGACUCCCGGUACGAACCCAAGAAAAUAUCGAUAUGCCCAAGAUACUUCGUGAGAUUAUCAAAGUUGAAGAAUCAGUGGAAUCUGAGCCAGAGGAACGGCUGGAUUUUGAGAGCACUGAUGCCUCUCAAAUCGGUGUCGGCGCAUUACCUCCCAACGUAACGGAGGAGGAAGCAGCUGUUUAUCGAGCUCUGCUCAAUCUGGCCGAUCAGCGUCUAUAUCGGAUUGUUCGAUGGUCCCGGGCACUUCCAGUCUUCAGUAACCUCGAUACAGAUGAUCAGAUAUUGCUUCUUCAAAAUUGUUGGGCGGAUCUUCUUUGCUUAGACUGUUGUUGGAAGUCACUUCCAACACCAACGGAGAUUCGGCUAACCUCGACGAAGUGCAUCAACCUCGACGCCGCCCGUGAGAUGGGCGCCGAGGGUCUCGUGGACAGUUUACUUCGUCUGACCCAGGACCUUAAACGUCUUCGCUUUGGACUCAUCGAUUUCGCGUGUCUAAAAGUGUUCCUUCUAAUGCAAGGAGACCUCGCCAAUCUCAAAGCGGUGCGCCAGGUCAAGCAAUUCCAGGAAUGCGUAAGCCAGCUGCUGAUGGACUACAACUCGACAUCAUGCGCCGAUGUUCCCAACAAAUUUACCGAGCUUUUCGUGAGGAUACCUGAACUACAAAGAACUAGCGCGAUGGCUCGCGAGCUCCUCGUAGAUAAGGACCUUUCACCCUAUCUUUCCGCAAACUCCCUUCUUAUGGAACUUCUACGUAGUGACUUCCACAGGCAGCCUGGCAACAUAAUGCCGCCUACGUCUGCUGGGCCAGUGGCAAUGGACACCAGCGAGCAAGCAACAACUUUCCUUACCGGUCAGCGCCGAACCGAGGACGACGUCGGCGGACGCCAUCGGAGUGUAUUUCAGACUGGUGAUACCAUAGGCUCGGAGGCAAGCCCAUACUCCGCCAAUGGACCGCUCUGA